AUGAUUCCAUUGUACAAGAAGAAGGGCGACAUUCAGAGUUGCAACAACUAUAGAGGUAUCAAGCUGCUAAGCCACACCAUGAAAGUUUGGGAAAGAGUGGUGGAGAUGGGGGUGAGGAGAGGCGUGUUUAUUUCAGAGAACCAGUUUGAUUUAAUGUCGGGGCGCUCUACUACAGAAGUCAUUCAUCUUGUAAGGAGACCGAUGGAGCAAUAUAGGGAAAGGAAGAGAGGCUUGCACAUGAUUUUCAUCGAUCUAGAAAAGGCCAACGACAAAGUGUCGAGAGAGGUUCUAUGGAGAUUCUUGGAGGCUAGAGGGAUACCUGUGGCGUACAUUAGGAGGAUCAAAGACAUGUAUGAUGGAGCCAAGACCAGGGCAAAGACAGUGGAAAGAGAUUCGGAGCACUUCCCAGUUGUGAUGGGGCUACACCAGGGAUCAACUCUUAGCUCAUUUUUAUCCGCCUCGGUGAUGGAUAGAUUGACGUGGCAUAUUCAAGAAUCUAAAGGGUUCAAGUUAAGUAGGACCAAGACCGAGUACUUGAAGUGCAAGUUCAGUGACGUACCGUACGAGGCUAAUGUGAAAGUGAAGCUUGGUACCCAGGCUAUCCAAAAGAAAGGAAGCUUCAAGUAUCUUGGGUCUAUUAUUCAAGAAACUAGAGAUAUUGACGAUAAUAUCAUACAUCGUAUUGGUGCAGGGUGGAUGAAAUGGAGGCUCUCUUCUAGAGUGUUGUGUGAUAAGAAGGUGUCACCAAAACUCCAAGCUCUAGAACUAGUGGCACAACAAAUUUCACCUCAUGGUCUGCGAAAGGAUCCAACACUAUUGAGGGUACCUGCACAAGAUGACCCUUAA